GCAACCCAUCCCCUUCGCAAAACAAAACCCCCCCCCCAAACGAAUCUCGCGCAGCAUGUCCCUCAAGAACGACGCAUUCCCCUCCUCCGAGGCCUUCGACGCCAUCAACGCCGCCCUCAGCAGCAGCGAAGCCGACCGCAAGGACGCCAUCAAGAACGGCAAGGCCGUCUUUGCAUUCACCCUCAAGAACAAGGCCGGCGAGACGGCCAGCUGGCACAUUGACCUCAAGGAGACGGGCACAGUCGGCACAGGCCUGGGCGAGAAUCCCACCGUCACCCUGACUCUCUCAGACGAGGACUUUGGCAAGCUCGUCUCCGGCAAGGCGCAGGCCCAGCGGCUCUUCAUGUCCGGCAAGCUCAAGGUCAAGGGCGACGUCAUGAAGGCCACCAAGAUGGAGCCCAUCCUGAAGAAGGCCCAGACCAAGUCCAAGUUGUAAGACGCGAGAAGCUCAACGCGCACCCAAGCGCAUUAUUUCAUAUGGAAUCUUCUCUCGGGGGGGUGUACAUACGACGAGGGGAAACUGCUGGAAACGCAACGCCCCCUUGACCGCAAUUCUUGAUUUUUUUUUUUUUUUUUGCC